AAGUAACCUAACUUUUUUACUUGGAUUGGAUCUGGAUUUAAUUUUCAUUAUUAAUUUCACCAGAAUUUACUUUACAAUGUUUAGAAUUUGAAUGGAAAUCACCAAAUAUUAGUGUAAUUGACUUGCUGAAUAUUCAGAAAUAUGACUUCGAUAAUAAAACUUCAAGCCCUGUCUGGAGCAAUGGACGAAUCACCCCCUUGUUAUCUUCUCCAAGUAGAUGAAGUCAGAAUACUCCUAGAUUGCGGCUGGGAUGAAAAAUUCGAUAUGGAAUUCAUUAAGGAAAUUAAAAGGCAUGUACAUACCAUUGAUGCAGUAUUGAUUUCCUACCCUGAUGUAUCACACUUGGGAGCAUUACCAUAUCUUGUGGGAAAGCUGGGACUGAACUGCCCUAUAUAUGCAACAAUACCAGUGUACAAAAUGGGACAAAUGUUUAUGUAUGAUCUAUAUCAAUCACAGUACAACAUGAAGGAAUUCUGUAUAUUUUCUCUAGAUGAUGUUGAUGCUACUUUUGAUAAAAUAGUUCAACUCAAAUACAACCAAAGUGUUCCCCUAAAAGGUAAAGGCUAUGGUCUCACUGUCACUCCUCUACCAGCUGGACACAUGAUAGGUGGUACCAUAUGGAAAAUAAUGAAGGUAGGUGAGGAAGAUAUUAUUUAUGCUAAUGAUUUUAACCACAAAAAAGAGAGACAUUUGAAUGGUUGUGAACUUGAGAAACUCCAAAGACCCUCAUUACUUAUCACAGAUGCCUUCAAUGCUACUUAUCAGCAAGCUAGGAGACGAGGACGUGAUGAAAAACUAAUGACAAACAUUCUUCAGACACUUAGAAACAAUGGAAAUGUUCUUAUAGCAGUUGACACAGCUGGCAGAGUUCUAGAGUUGGCUCAUAUGUUGGACCAGUUGUGGAGGAACAAGGAAUCAGGCCUGCUGGCAUAUUCCCUAGCCCUUCUAACAAAUGUCAGCUAUAAUGUUGUUGAAUUUGCCAAAUCACAAAUUGAAUGGAUGAGUGACAAGCUCAUGAGGAGUUUUGAGGGGGCUAGAAAUAACCCCUUUCAGUUCAAACAUCUGCAGCUAUGUCAUACUUUGGGAGAAUUGAGUAAGGUGCCUAGUCCCAAGGUUGUUCUAGCUAGCUCUGCAGAUAUGGAAUGUGGGUAUUCCAGAGAAUUAUUCCUACAGUGGUGCUCUAAUUCCAAUAAUAGCAUUAUUUUGACCACUAGGACUUCUCCUGGAACACUAGCAAGAGAUUUAGUGGAUAAUGGAGGAGGGAGAACAGUAGAUUUGACAGUUGAGAGGAGGGUAAAAUUGGAAGGUGCUGAAUUGGAGGAAUAUGAAAAGAGGCAGAGAGAACUGAAGGAUGAUGAUGAUAUCAAAGAGGAUGAUGAAUCUGAUUCUGAUGAUGACAUUGAGAUGUCAGUGAUUUCUAAAGGCAGACAUGAUAUUGUGAUUAAGCAGGAGGGAAAGAUUUCUGGGGGAUUCUUCAAAGUGACCAAAAAGAUGUACCCAAUGUAUCCAUUCCAUGAAGAUAAAAUCAAAUGUGAUGAAUAUGGAGAGAUUGUGAAACCAGAAGAUUAUAAAUUGGCAGAAGUUGUUGGUGAAGGGGAAGAUAACAAGGAAAAUUUGUUAAUCAAGAAAGAAGAAGAGGAAAUCACCGAGAUCCCGGAAAUGCCGACCAAGUGCGUGGUGCUGCAGCGCACCGUGCAGGUGAACUGCCAGGUGCAGUACAUCGACUUCGAGGGCCGGUCGGACGGCGAGUCGCUGAUGAAGAUCCUGUCGCAGCUGAAACCCAGACGGGUGAUUGUGGUGCGGGGAGGCGAGGAGGCAACCAGAGCGAUGGAGCGGCACUGUGCGGAGGCGGUGCAGGCAAGGGUGUUCACACCCCGGCGGGGGGAGGUGGUGGACGCUACCAGCGAGACGCACAUAUACCAGGUUCGUUUAACGGAUGCCCUGGUAUCGCAAUUGGUGUUCCAAAAGGCCAAAGAUGCUGAGGUGGCAUGGCUCAGUGCUCAGAUAGGGGUCAGGGAGAGUCAAGCGGACGCUAGAAGAAUGAAUCUUGAUAAUGAACCAAUGGAAGUGGAAGAGGAGGACCUCAAGAUUCUCACCUUGGAGCCAUUACAUGAAGAGGACAGUCAUGACCCAGUGUUUAUAAACGAGCUGAAGUUGUCGGAGUUCAAGCAGAUUCUGGCGAGGAACAAUAUAAGUUCUGAGUUUUCAGGGGGAGUUUUGUGGUGCUCCAGCGGGUCUAUAGCUGUGAGGAGGGUGGAGUCCGACAAAAUCAUGCUGGAGGGUUGUAUAUCAGAAGAUUAUUAUAGGGUUAAGGAACUUUUAUAUGAACAGUAUGCUAUUUUGUAGUUUAUUUUUAAGUGUCCAUUGUCCAACAUCCACAAAUUCUGUAAUAAAUUAUGAUUUUUGUAAGAU